GAGACACACACCAGAGGAAACAGCUUAUUAUAGCCCAUUUCCAAGAAAGAGUCCUUCCUGCACUCUACCAUAAACCCAUUUUUAAUCCCCCCAAAUAAAUAGAUAGUAUAGUAAUACUAAUAGAUAGGAAGAAGCCAGAGAUUCAAGUUACAAAUUACAAAUUUCAAACAUUUUUUUUUUGUUUUCGGGUUUUGAUUUCGCAUUUUCAUGCCAUUCUACAAGAAGCUUAAGAAGAAGAAGAAUUAGUGGGUUCGGGUUUUUCGAUCUUCUUCUUCUUCAUUUCAGUUCUGUUUUUCCGGCACGAAAAAAAAAUGCUGCAAACACUGAAUCAAAGGCUGAAACGGCUGUGUUUGAAGCUGGGAUUGUCGCCGGCACACCACCGCCGGCCGAAGCAAAAAGUUGUGAUUAAGAAACUGGAAAAAUCCAACACAAGAACCCGGUAUCAUCAAAACGAAGCAAAAGAAGUUUCUCCUUCUUCUUCUUCCUCCGCCGUGAUUCAUCCCAGCACUGAAUUUAAUAAUAAUAAUAAUAAUAAUAAUGGCGGGUCAGCGUCGGAAAAGCCAAUCCGGGUUGCGACAUUUAAUGCUGCCCUGUUCUCCAUGGCACCCGCGGUUCCCAAGACGAUGCUUCAUCACCAAAACAACAACUCAUCAUCAUCAACCUCCUCAAGUUUCGAUUUCGAUGACAACGAAGCAGAUAAUUUCAAUUUCUCCAGCCCCAGAAGAAUUGAUCUGAGAACAAAAUCAAUGUCAAUUGAUCGUGUUCCUAAAAGUAUACUCAAGCAAUCUCCCCUGCAUUCCAGUUCCAUGAGAGAAGAGCCUCUGACCAAGCAACAGAAAUUCGCCAGAUCAAAAUUGCGGGUUUCGAUCAAUCUCCCGGAUAAUGAAAUUUCGUUGCGCCGGAGUGGGGCGUCGAAAUCCGGCGACGACGAUAAGGAGAACAGAGCGGUCAAAGGGAAGGGUCCGAUCAAGUCAACGAUGAGCAUGCCUAAUUACCAGAGUCACGGCAACGUUCACGGAGUCGUUGAGGGUCAAAGCUGUUAUAGGAGUACGAAAACGGUUCUUGAAGUUUUGAUGGAGUUGAAUGCUGACGUGUUGGCGUUGCAAGACGUGAAAGCAGAGGAAGAGAAAGGUAUGAAGCCGUUGUCGGAUUUGGCGGAGGCUUUGGGGAUGAAUUACGUGUUCGCCGAGAGUUGGGCGCCGGAAUACGGUAAUGCCAUUUUGUCCCGGUGGCCGAUUAAGAAGUGGAAGUCCCAAAAGAUUUUUGAUGACACUGAUUUCAGAAACGUGCUAAAGGCCACGAUCGAUGUUCCAGAAGUUGGAGAAUUCGAAUUCUACUGCACCCAUUUGGAUCAUCUAGACGAAAACUGGCGGAUGAAGCAGAUUAAUGCAAUCAUUCAAUCUACUGACACUCCUCACAUUUUAGCGGGAGGUAUCAAUUCACUCGAGGAAACCGACUACUCUUCAGAAAGAUGGACCGACAUCGUCAAGUACUAUGAAGAGAUUGGUAAACCCAUACCUAAAGCUGAGGUGAUGAAGUACCUCAAGAGCAAACAAUACACAGAUGCUAAGGAUUUUGCCGGAGAAUGCGAGUCUGUCGUCAUGAUUGCCAAAGGACAAAGUGUGCAGGGGACAUGCAAGUAUGGAACCCGGGUGGAUUACAUACUAUCUUCCCCAAAUUCUCCAUACAAAUUCGUGCCGGGAUCAUACUCAGUCUUUUCAUCCAAAGGGACUUCUGAUCAUCACAUUGUGAAAGUUGACGUGAUCAAAGUUGUAAAUACCAUCCCAGCUGAUGAAAACCAGGCCUAUCUCCACAAUAAAAAGGGUCGACAUUCAUCAAGUAAAAGACUUGUCAAAAUCACACAUAAUUCGUCUCCAGCUAAGGGUAUAUGGAAAAGUACACAGUCAGAACCCAUUUGGUAA